GGCCAGAGGUCCACUUUUCGAAGGCGCUGCUCGAGCCCAGGCUGCAUCUCCAGUCCCUGCCGAGCGCGAGCGAGAACGCCGCGAACGCAUCGCAGAUAGCCUUCAACAAGGCCUCGAAGAAGGACGGCGGAUCGCCAACGCGCAGGCCAGGGUUAGAGAACGCUGGAGCCGUUCGCGCUUAGGUGGUGGUGGCGGUGGUGGUGCCAGUGGCGUGACCAUGGCCGAAGCCAGGCGUCUCGCCGCUUUCCCUGAAGGUUACGAUGCGCUCCUCCGACGCACGCAAAUGCGAGGUUACAGCGGGAGAGAAGUCGGCGUCAGGACUGCUGGUUUGGCGAUGAAUCCUGAUGGCCGCACGCUCUGGGCUGCGUGUGAGGAGGGGAUUUUCGAGAUUGAUGUUCGAACUAAGGCCAGGAUGUUUUUGCCGUGUUGUGAGUUGCGGUGAUGAUGUUCAAUGAAUGAAUGGGUUAAUGCGAUUUUUUUUUUCUUGAGAGUGGUUGAGUGGUUGAUUGAUACCCGCGCUGGUAUGAAAACCAAUGAACGAAUGAAUGAGUAGAUAGAUUAUGAGGAGGAAGAGGAGUAUGUAUACAUACAUGUAUUG